UUUCACACACAGUGACUUCCUCAAUCAACUCAAAAAUUCAACCCUCCUAUAAAUCUUCCAAAACCCCGCCUUUCUCAUAAUUUUCCUUUCUCUUCCCUCUUUGUUUUUCCCUCUCCUCUUCCUACUUUUUGUCCAUUUCCUCUCUCUACACCCUGGUAAGUCACUUUCCCGCAGUUUCCUCGGCCAUCUUUCUCUCUUUCGAUCGAGUCUCGGUAUUCAAACCAAACACAACAAAAACAACGUUCUUUGUGUAACUAGUUACAAGCAUGUGUGUGUAUAAGCUACAAUAAUAGUCUUCUUACGUCUUUGUUGGUGGCAGAGAAGGAAUAUGGCGGUGAUCUCAAGAGGACAAACGGCAGACCUCCAAAACCAUUACAAGCGAUGGAAAGAGAGAUCAGAAACCAGCCCCGAAAGGAACAGAGUUUGGACUGAACCACCCAAGCUCAAGGAGAGAAAAGUCCCUGUUGUUUACUAUUUGUCUAGGAAUGGUCAGCUCGAGCACCCCCAUUUCAUGGAGGUUCCUCUUUCUUCUCCCGAAGGACUCUAUCUCAGAGACGUCAUUAACCGAUUAAACGCGCUCCGAGGCAAAGGCAUGGCCACCAUGUACUCCUGGUCUUCAAAGCGAAGUUACAGAAAUGGAUUCGUGUGGCACGAUUUGUCGGAGAAUGACUUCAUCUACCCAGCGCAUGGGCAUGAAUACGUUCUCAAGGGCUCGGAGCUUCAUUUGGACCCGGUUUAUGAUCCCAAGGUCCUCGAAACGGCGUCGUCGCGGUGCCUGAAGCCGCCGCCGGAGCUGCAGAAAAGCUCCGGAGACGAUGACUUUCCGGCGGUCGUGAGGCGGAGGAACCAGUCCUGGAGUUCAAUCGACCUCAACGAGUACAAGGUUUACAAGGCCGAGUCGUUCGGCGAGUCCGCCGGUAAAGCCGCCGCCGAUGCGUCGACUCAGACCGACGACAAGAGAAGGCGACGGCGAGCGGCGAGGGAGGAGGAAGAGAACGAGAAGGUUCGAGAAGGAGGAGGGAAGAGUGAAGGGGAAAUCUGCGAGAAUCAGAGUACGGAGCUGAGCAGGGACGAGAUUUCGCCGCCGCCGUCGGAUUCGAGCCCGGAGACGCUGGAGUCGCUGAUGAAGGCCGACGGACGGCUGGUGCUGUGCGCCAACGGAGAGAACGAGGAGGGGCCGGAUCGGACGGCGGGGAAUUGCCCAAGUGGAAGGACGAGGGCGUCGUCGGUUCUGAUGCAGUUGAUAUCUUGCGGUUCCGUGUCGUUUAAGGACUGUGGGCCCACGUUGGUGAAGGAUCAUGGGCUGUCGCUGAUUGGGCAGUACAAGGCUCGGCUGCCACGCGGAGCAGGGAAUCAGGUGGGGGCUACGACGGAAAGGUCAAACUUUUCGGGGUCAAAAUUGGAAGACAAGGAGUAUUUUAGCGGGAGUUUGGUGGAGACAAAGAAAGAGGCGAUUCCUGCUUUGCAAAGGUCUACUUCCUACAAUGCUGAUAGGAGUUCUCAGUUGGAAUUGGCUAAAGAAGAAAUAGGAGUUCGAACAAAGUGCAUACCAAGGAAGCCAAAGGCAAUGCCAUCCAAGAAAGAGUGCAACAUCAUCACUUCUUGUGGCCAUGGAAGUAGUAGCGAAGGAGGAAGCAAAAGAUUUGACAUUCACACAUGAGUCAAAAAGAUGGAGAAAAAUGUGAAAUUUGCGGUUUGUAAUUUGUACAUUGAAAGUUGGUAUGUAGUUUGGAGCUGAAAACACAGAAGAAAGAAUGUGGUAAAGAGAGAAACGUGAACGACAACGAGAAACAUGGCAAAAUUAUGCGGUGGUUGAAUUGCAUGUCACGGCAUUAGAAGGCACGUAAACUAAGGCCGUGAUUGUGAAAAAAAGAAUGUGGCUUAGGAAUCAUAUAAAACUCUUUUUAUCUUUUUUGUCGAAACUAGGUAGCCCGUUGACUGAUAGUACAUUCUAGUUUGGCGUUUAUGAGUUGGGAUAUUUAUAUUUGGUGCCUUGGUGUUAGUGGGGGGUUGAAAUUUUGCCUUAAAUUUUUGUGAUGUAGUGGAAGAUUGUGACCAAAUGCUUUGACUUGUGAGUCAUGGAAAACGACUAUGUUCCUAGGUAUUAGAAUCCACUUUGGCUAGCCACAUCGUUUCCUAAGCACGCACGUGACUUCUAUGGGAGUCUGAUUUCUCAGAGCCGGCAUGUUAUAAAGAUUAGAGAGGUAUUUUGGUUCCUUCAAGAAAAUGCCAAAUGCCAAUUCCAUCGCUUAUUUUGCUAGUUUUGCUGGGCUAUUACGAAUGAGUAUGAAAUCUAUGGUAUCUAGUGGCGGGUUUGUAAACAAAAGUAAUUGUUAAGUGAAUAAACCUAGUUGGAUUUCACCAUGUUAACCAACUUGAAGUUCUUGGAUAAUAACCGACAUUCUGUUUAGAGUGUUCAGUGAUGAAAUUACGGGGAAAGGAGAUAAUUAUUUUUAGAGUG